GAGAACUGAACAAGUUAAUGUUGACAGGAUAAUUCAGACCAGUAGUGUCUUCAGCAACAACAAGUGUGUUAGGUGUAAAGCAGUUGACUCCGAACUAGCAGAGAGGCACCGUAAUGUCGAGUUCGUGCGGGAUUGGUGGAGUCGUCCGUUUGACGAUUCUGCAGAAGUGGAGAUACUCCAGAAAAACAUUUCUUCUAAACGUGAGAAUGAAACACUAAAUAGAUCCCAAAAUUUGACAGAAGGCUUGCAGAGUAUAACCCCAACUGAAAAAGAGGCCAGCCCAACAAAAAAGGGGCCGUUCCCAACAGCAGCUAAGAUCAGUUCGGUGACUGCCACAAAGCCUUCCACAGCAGAAGGGGAUUCUGCGCCGUACCUCCUCUCUCGUGCGGUGACUGCUAGUCCGGUGUCGCAGACGGAUGUUGAUGCUUCUGAAGACACUAAAAUUGAGGAAGAGGAUCUUCUAACAGAUUUGAAAGACACGCUGAAUAGUUCACCGCCCCUCCUAAAAGAAACUCUGGAGUCAGAUGGAGAUGACUAUAGUCCUUAUGAAAUGACACCAAAUUCCAGGUACAACCCAGACCUUCUGGAGGUGCCUGAAGACGACGACUCUGACGCCAUCGGUAAUUACAAUGAGGAGAUCAAGACCCUUGAUGAGAAGAUAAAAGAUGUUUCUGUCACAGGGUUGGAAGAAGAAGAAGACAGCCAUUUCUUCUUUAACCUGGUCGUAGUUGCCUUCCUCGUAGCUGUUGUUUACGUCACGUAUCACAAUAAGAGGAAGAUCUUCCUACUGGUCCAGAGCCGAAGAUGGAGGGAUGGCCUGUGCUCUAGAACAGUGGAAUAUCAUCGUUUAGAUCAAAAUGUUAAUGAAGCAAUGCCUUCCCUGAAGAUAACUAACGACUACGUGUUUUGAAAGCACUGUGAUUUGAGUUUGCUGAACUUCUCACUCUUUGCCUGCCUAGUCAUGUAACGAUAUUCAGGUAUUCAAAAGAUGCUGCCUGCACCGAAAUGAGAUGUACUCUCUUGGACCGGGAUGUUUUUGAGAUUAAGUCUCAUGCCAGAUCAAGGGCAUGACCCACCUGUUUACUACUUUGGUCAGGUUUUAUAUCAACUAUAAAGAUGCAGAGUUUAAUAAUUAGUGCUCUUUCCAU